CCAGCCGUCCUCCAUCCCGGACUCGCAGAUCAGCCACAUCAAUCAGCCUUGUGCCAGCCGCGAAACGCACAGCACAGACAAGGCGCGAUCCGGUCCCAAAAUGGCAGCAGCGGCAGUGCCACAGGUGCACAUCGAGUCCGUGCAGACGGGGCUGCCGACGCGCGUGGUGGAGCCCGACAGGACGCGGCUGAUCGCCGUGGCCGCGCCGCCGCUCCCGGAGGCGGCGCUGCAGCGGCGCUUCCGGGCCGUGCUCUACUACCGCGGCGGCGAGCAGAAGGCGGAGUGGGAGGAAGGCGUGUGGGUGAAGGAGUCGCUGGGCGAGGUGCUGUGCUUCUACCCGGAGAUGGCGGGCCGGCUCCGGCGCCGGGGCGAUGGGUCCUGGGAGGUGAAGCUCAACGACGCCGGCGUGCGGUUCCAGCAGGCCACCGUGGAGGCCACCAUGGAGGACUUCCUGGCGGACAAGGACCGGGUGCGCAAGGAGUCCGCGCUGGCGCCAUGGAUCGACGUCACCGCCGAGGACCCGGACAUGUGCUCGCUCCUCUUCAUGCAGCUGAACCGGUUCCAGGACGGGGGAUACGCGGUGGGGGUGAGCUGCACGACGCUGCUGGCGGACCCGCUGGCGCUGGCGCGGUUCCUGCUGGCGUGGGCGCGCACGCACGCCGAGAUGAAGGAGCAGAACAAGGCCGCGAUCAGGCCCAUGAUGCAGUACAUGGCCUACUUCCAGCGCCCGGAGAUCUGCUGCAAGCGCAUCCGCUCCUACCCCAUCGACUCCGCCGCUUCCGCCGAAGACAACGGCCUCCACGCCCACACCGCGCUCUUCAGGACCACCAACGCCGCCACCGCCGCCUCGCCCGAAUCCCGCCGCGCGCUCGCCAGGGCGUGCAUCGCGCGGGCCAGCGAGGAGCUCGGCGGCGCCGGCGCCGGCAUCAGGGCGCCGCCGCGGUUCUCGCUCGUCGUCGCCCCCGAGGACUCCGCCCGCGGCGGGACGACCAUCGAGACGGUCACCGCGGAUGCCGGCGGUGGACACGCCGCGCUGGAAGCCGCGCAGUGGAGCGACCUGGGGCUGGAGGAGCUCACGCUCAGGGACGCCAAGCCCGUGCAGGUGUCGUGCAGAAUCGUGACGCGUGGGGACGAAGGGCUCGUCGUCGUGAUGCCGGAUGGCGAUGGUUUCCUCGUCUCCGCGACCAUCCCCAUGUAGACCGACCAAAACAGAGAGAGAUCUUGCGUCAGGCAGUGUUGUGCUUUUCCUUUUGCAGGGAACUCAAAUAAUUAAGCAAAAUGUGUUCGCCAUAUAUUCAUAUUGAUUUCCACGUACGAAAAUAUAUAUUAAUAAAAGUAAAUUUGUUGUUUUUA